GUCUUUGAUUAAGCCAAAUUCGGGCCCAGCACACCCAGUAAAGUAAAGUUACAGUAUACUCCUCUUACUCUGUGGUCUACUGUUACUGCAAGGACAACGCCAAUACAAACUUAGUAAGUAUUCAGUAUUAAGCAAAAUGAGUACAUUUGCCCAGCAAAUUUUGCGUGCAGUAAAAUUGAACGAUGUACUGGAAUUAUUGAAGUCGUACGAAGCUGAGUUUAACAAGCCUGAUCUGCAUGACAGAGUUUUAAUAUUUGAUGUUGUCGCUUCACGGCCACGUAGACUUAGCGUAGCAAAUGCUGAAGAAAAUGAAAGAAAUGAGAACGGAGCUAGCAAUCAAAACAAAGAUGGAAGUGAUAGUGAAACCAAAGACGGAAGCGAUGGUGAAACAGCCAAAACUGAAAACGUGGAAGACGUGGAAAUAGGUGUGAAUACAAACGAUGAAAGUGAAACCGAAAGCGACGAUUGCGAAAUCGCUUCAAAUUAUGUAAAUGGUUAGUAUUAUACACUUAUUUAUAUAAUCAUGGAAUCCAAAGUAUGUUUCACGUGUAAACACAAUGAGAAAGGCAAUGGAUAGGAAAUAUCCGUUUCUUUCUCGGGAAGGAAAGGGCUAAAAAAAUUGAGGGGGUUAACAGAGGGAGGAUGAGUGCUUAAUAAUAAUGGGACCUUCAAAGGGAAGGGUGGGAGCUUAGUAUAGAGGGGGUACUGGGACCUUCAAAGGGAGAGGUGGGAGCUUAAUUAAUAUAGAGGGUUACUGGGACCUUCAAAGGGAAGGGGUGGUUAAUAUAGAGGGGGUACUGGGACCUUCAAAGGGAGGGGCGGGAGCUUAAUAUAGAGCGGGUAAUGGAACCUUUAAAGAGAGGGUGGGAGCUUCAUAUAGAGGGGGUACUGGAAACUUCAAAGGGAGGGGGUGGGAGCUUAAUAUAGAGGGGGUACUGGGACCUUCAAAGAGAGGGGUGGGAGCUUAAUACAGAGGGGGUACUGGGAUCUUUAAAGGGAGGAGUGGUGGCCAAAUAUAGAGGAGGUACUGGGACCUUCAAAGCAAUGGGGUGGGAACUUAAUAUGGAGGGGGUACUGGGACCUUCAAAGGGAGGGGGUGGGAGCUAAUAUAGAAAGAAGUGUAGACUAAACUACAUCAAAACAAAUAUAAAAAUUACUGUAAAAUAUCAUUAUUUGUUGACAAGUAUUUGUUUGAACAGGUAGCCAACAAAUUGAGAAUAAAUUGAGUAAUGAAAGUCAAGAUGAUGACGAUUGGAGCAUUAAAGUUGAAGAAGCAAAUGACACAGAAGUCACUAACAAACAUGAAACUGUGCUGAACGAAGAUGUGGAAACAAAUCAAAAUACAAGCAAUGGAAACAAAAUGAAAGGCCAGCAAAAAUCAGAAAUCACCAAUGAUGACAAUGAUGCAACUCCCAGCCUGAAUGAUAAACUAGAUAAAGAACAAAGUGAAAAUAGCAAUGAGAUUUCGAGCAAGAGCAAUGAAGCAAUAAACUAUCCUACCAACGAAGGGCAAACCAUUCGCCAACAUAAAUUCUACAUUCAUGGCACAUGGCUAGCCAUACAGAGUUCCUACUUCCGUUCCUUGUUUUUCUCUGGAACGAAGGAAUCAAGUGCACAAGAAGUUCAUGUUCAGAUCUCGGAAAGCGAGGAGCAAGCUCAUUUGAUGUUAUUGGAAGCAAUGUAUAAAAUUGAUAUGUUGGAUAAUGUCCAUGUUGAUGAACUCCUCGAAGUUUUGAGACUUUCUCAUAAAUACGACGCGAAAUUUGUCUUCAAGAAAUGCAAAAACUGCUUAGAGGCUGCAGUUGUCUCCAUUGAAAUUUUUGAGAAGAUUAUGUGCUUUAUUGCAGUUGAUAGUACAAUCACAGAUGUUAAAGAUCUUGUAAAGAACCUACUGCACUAUCUUGUAAAAGAAUUCAGCCCUUUGGAUAAAACAUGGCAGACAACACGUUUUGAAAAUCUAAGUGAGACUACGCUGAAGUACCUUCUGAGUAGUGACAAACUGGUUGCAAAUAGUGAGAACACUAUUUUUCAUGCAUUGAUGCAUUGGAUCGAGCAACGUGGAAUUGAUAAUGUCUUACAAAGUCAAGAGCUUCCAUCAUUGUUAUCCUUGAUCAGAUUUGAAUUGAUGUCUAUUGAUUAUUUACACAAUAUUGUACAGCACAAUUCUGUUGCCAAGAAGCUACCAGAUUUCAAUGACCAUUUCAUAAGAGGUAUCAGUUAUCAUGCUCUACCAGAUACCUUGAUACAACGGCUGCCACGUCAACCAGUGAAGAGAAAAGCUAGUAUGCAGUUCAUCUUAUCCACUGAAGCUAGUAAGCAGUUCUUCAUUCCCUACACAUGGGUGAUAGCAGUAGAGGUGUUGGAUAAGCUGGCCCAAACUGGCCAAACAAUCAAAUCAUGUGAAUUCUGGUAUUGUGGUUAUAAAAUGGUCCUGGUAAUUAGUCAUGUUCUCAAGUUUACUGGAGGAAACAAAGCAUCAUUCAACGCCACACUUUCCUUAGCAGUCAUUAACUUAACUGAACAAAGUGAGGUGAUGAUUCAGUGGCAGCCAGCAAGUCAGUCCUUUAGAUCAACUCCUCCUGAACGAAAGUACACAUUUGAAAAAAAAGCAUGCGUAUCAUGUGUUGACAUAACAUAUGAAACGGAAGUCCACCAAGAAGAAUCAAAUAGCAAUGAAGCAAGUAGGCCAAUUGCCAUGUCAAAGAGCAGUCGAUUCACUUUUAACACCCCCAGUACAAACACAUUGGGAGCAAGUGAAUCAACAACUUUCUCAUUUGUCAAUGUUGCCUCAUCUAAUACAAACACAUUGGGAGCAAGCAAACCAACAUCUUUCUCACUUUUCAGUGUUGCCUCACCAAGUGGAAACACAUUUGGAGCAAGCACACCAUCUUGCUCACUUUUCGGUUUUGCUGCUGCACCCAGAACAACCUCAUCGGGACCUUUCGGUGGUGGUGUCGCACCCAGAACAACCUCAUUGGGACCUUUCGGUGGUGUUGUCGCACCCAGAACAACCUCAUCUGGACUUUUCAGUGGUGUUGCCGCAGCCACAACAACCUCAUCUUUUGGUAGUGUUGCCUCAUCAAAUACAAACAUGUUGGGAGCAAGUAAACCAGCUUCAGUUUCAAAAAAGGAAAGUCCGAUACCAUGCUUGUCAAUUGACGUGAAAAUGAAGCUGGUAUAGAAUACAAGUUUGGCAUGAGACUUUCAGGCCAUAAGGAUAAAUUCGGAAGUCAAGGGAAAGGAAAGAGGGCCUGACACAAAUCCUUACCUGGUCAUGUGCACACAUUUAAAAAAGCCAAAAAUCUGGCUUUUGACCUGAUUGGUCUAUCAUACAAAGAAAUUUUAAUGCUGAUUGCAUGAUACUAUUGUUUAUUUUAUGACAUAUAAUGAAAUUUAUCAUUGGAUACAAAAUCAAAACUUUACUUUGUGUGGAAAGCGACCAGUUUAAUGUUUGUGUCAGGCAUUAUUUGUACCUGAUACUAAUUAGCUAGGUAAAUUAGCAUGAGACAAACUCAUAUAUUGUAUAUGCUUAGUUUAUCUGAGUUUAAUUAAUAACAUAAAUCAGAGCAUACAAAAACACUGCCACUGGAACAAUAGUAAACUUAAGAAAUAUUUUGUUAUGGGAAAAACAGUAUGAUCAUCACUAUGAUCAUGGUAAUAUACAGUAGGAUAUUGCAAAACAUAAUG